AUGAGCAGCCAAAGUGGCAGUAGCAGCCACAGCAAUAGCAAUUGCAGUAGCCCCCGCAGCCCCAAAGUCUGGGCCCAGGCUAUCCACGCGGUGGCCGAGCGCCGCCUGACCCUCCGACAAGCUUCCCAGACGUACGAAGUCCAGCCCGCGGCGCUGCAUCGUCUCGUUCGGCAGCACACACUGCAGCAGCAGCAGCAGCAGCGACGUCAGCCGCCGUCGUCUCCGUCGCGCAGCCCAAGUCCGACCCACAGCAGCAACAACCCCCACCACCACCACAACAACAACGACAGCUACGUGUUCCCACGUCUGAACCCACUAGCGCUCGGCCACAGCAGCCCCGUGGGCGUGUCCCUGCCCGCAGUCACCGUCUCGCCGUCCGUCUACGAGCUCACGCCCGAGAUCAACGACGAGAUCGUCGCCAUCCUCCGCGAGCAGUUUGUGCCCCAGCAGCAGCAACAACAGCAACACCAUCAGCAGAACCUGCAUGGCAGCAGCAGCAAUAACAACGCUGACGACCGCUGCUAUAGCCCUCGGGAAGGCUACGCUGACUCGGACAUUACCGACGUCGUGCGUGCCAUUGUCGGUCGUAACGGUCGGCGCGCGCUGCCGUCGACGUUCCCGUCGUCUCAGUGGCUGAACAUGUUCAAGCGCGAGAACGACUUCAGCAAUUGCCAGCAGCAGCAGCAAGACGAGCCACAGCGGCAUGGCCAGCAGCUCCGAUGGGUGCAGAACCGCAGUCACCGUCAAGUAGCGGCACCGCCUCCCCCCCUGUCGCCACCUGUGACCAGUCCGACUCCGCAACAUACCGCGUACGUCUGGGACAAUGUUGAUGGAGCCGGUCGGUGCUCGGACGACCACCAGUGUCUUCCAUUCCAGCCACUGUCGCACCAGUUGAGAGACAGUAGCAGCAAAUUCCGUCACAGUCCCAGUGUCGAGGACGCUCCAGGACUGGACCGGAACUACCGUCAGAGCAAUCUCGUGCCUGCUAAAGUGUGGGAAGCGGCGAUGGAGGACGUGGCAAUCCACGGCAUGAGCUUACGCAAUGCGGCUAAGGCCCACGGCGUCCACUUUGCAGCGCUGCAUCGUCGACUGAAGAAACGUCAGCAACAUAAGCUCAGCAUGCCUUGCGAGCCGAAUUACAUUCCGUUCGAAGACGAGGCGGGAGUUGUUCGUGUCAUCCACGCACGUGCGGAAAUGGGCGUGUUGCUGACGUUCACUGAGCUGGUGGAUCUCCUGCAGCGGACGGCGCUCAAACACCGACCGGAUCUACCAGAAGAGGUGGCCACGGCUCUUGUACGUCGCUUCCAGUCCCGUGUCGAGCAGUCUAUUCGCCACUUGAUCCUGGACUGGCCAGCUCUGCCGAGCAAUGUGCUGUACCGACUGCGUACUGCGGGCGGCAGUGAGAGCGACCAGUGCAGAUUUAUUACUGAUGGUUCUGCUGCUGCUAGUAGCGGCAGUGAAAGAAGCUUGCCGUCCCUCAUCAGCGGGGGCAGCAGAGGCGGGACACCACUGUCCUCGUCAGGAUCGUCUUCGUCCCUGUCUUCACACCCAGGAGCUGCGUAUCCAGUGAUGCACAAGUCUCCAGUGUCUUCGACAUCAAAGUUGACGUGGAGCAACCUCGACACAGGGAACAAAUGCAUCAACGACAGCGUAAAUGGCUCUGUCGCAGCGGUAUCACCGCCGUCCGAUGACAGUGACAAUGUCCCUGUAACCGCUGGGUCGCUCUCGGAGACGGCGUCCAGACAGCCGUGCAUGCUUUAUCUCCUGUGA